UGUAAGCGCCAUUUUCAUAGCCUUUUGUUGGUUUUCCAAUAAUUUCUCUGUAAAGUGUUCAUAAUUUUCUUUCCUAGUGAUUCACUUUAGAUAAACUGAAAUGUCCAAACGAAGAAUUGAAGUUAUGGAUCCUUUUAUAAAAAAGAAGAGGGAGGAGAGGGCUGCUGCUUUAGCAAAAUCUGGAGGCAGUAGUGAGUCGUCAGAAGCAGUGGCUACUGUUAGCUCCAGCGCAUCAACCACAACCAGUACGCCUGGAAUCAACCCUUAUACAGGUUUACCCCACUCACAACGCUAUCAUGAACUUUUGCGUCGCCGACUUGGACUUCCAGUUUGGGAGUAUAAAAAUGAUUUCAUGAGACUACUCAACACUCACCAAUGUAUUGUACUCGUUGGUGAAACAGGGUCCGGUAAAACCACACAAAUACCCCAAUGGAGUGUGGAAUUUGCUGCAAUCUCAGCUGGAAAAUCAUGUGGAGUAGCAUGCACACAGCCUAGAAGAGUGGCUGCUAUGUCAGUAGCACAAAGAGUUGCAGAGGAGAUGGAUGUUGCACUCGGCCAGCAAGUUGGGUACAGUAUACGUUUUGAAGAUUGUUCUGGACCCCAAACCCUUCUGAAGUAUAUGACAGAUGGUAUGUUGUUGCGUGAGGCCAUGUCUGAUCCCAUGUUGGAGCACUAUAAAGUAAUUCUUCUCGAUGAAGCCCACGAAAGGACAUUAGCCACUGAUAUAUUGAUGGGAGUACUGAAAGAAGUUAUCAAGCAGCGGCCAGAUUUAAAGUUGGUUAUUAUGUCUGCUACUUUGGAUGCUGGAAAAUUCCAACAGUAUUUUGAUAAUGCUCCGUUAAUGAAUGUACCUGGACGUACACAUCCUGUUGAAAUAUUUUACACUCCACAACCUGAGAAAGACUACCUGGAAGCUGCAAUUCGUACUGUGAUACAAAUACAUCUCUGUGAGAAAAUAUCUGGCGAUAUUCUUUUAUUUUUGACGGGACAGGAGGAGAUCGAGGACGCUUGCAAACGAAUAAAACGUGAAAUUGAUAAUUUGGGACCAGAAGUUGGAGAGUUAAAAUGCAUUCCACUGUAUUCGACUUUGCCUCCAAACUUGCAACAGAGAAUUUUUGAGCCACCCCCACCGAAUCGAUCCGAGGAAGCGAUCGGUAGAAAAGUUGUAGUUUCCACAAAUAUAGCUGAAACUUCCUUGACUAUUGAUGGAGUAGUUUUCGUGAUCGACACUGGGUUCUCGAAGCAGAAGGUGUACAACCCGAGGGUUCGUGUGGAGUCCCUGUUGGUGUCUCCCAUCAGUAAGGCAUCGGCGCAGCAGAGAGCGGGCCGUGCCGGGCGAACUCGCCCUGGGAAGUGCUUUAGAUUGUACACAGAGAAGGCGUACAAAACGGAAAUGCAAGACAACACUUACCCUGAGAUUUUGAGAUCAAACUUAGGAUCUGUAGUUUUGCAGUUGAAAAAGCUGGGGAUCGACGAUUUGGUGCAUUUUGACUUCAUGGACCCACCAGCUCCGGAGACAUUGAUGAGAGCUUUGGAAUUGCUCAACUAUCUUGCUGCUCUUGAUGACGAUGGCAACUUGACUGACCUCGGGGCCGUGAUGGCGGAGUUCCCGUUGGACCCGCAACUCGCGAAGAUGCUGAUAGCCAGCUGCAACCACAACUGUUCCAAUGAGAUACUCUCCAUCACCGCUAUGUUGUCAGUUCCCCAAGUGUUUGUUCGACCCAACGAAGCACGCAAAGCGGCUGACGAAGCUAAGAUGCGCUUCGCCCACAUCGACGGAGACCAUCUCACCUUACUCAACGUUUACCAUGCGUUUAAACAAAGCAUGGAAGACCCUCACUGGUGCUAUGACAAUUUCAUCAACUACAGAUCUCUCAAGUCCGGUGAUAAUGUAAGGGAACAGCUGAGUAGAAUUAUGGAUAGGUUUAGCCUCAAGAGAACAAGUACUGAGUUCACAAGUAAAGACUACUACAUUAACAUUAGAAAAGCGCUUGUCAACGGUUUCUUCAUGCAGGUCGCUCACUUGGAGCGUACUGGCCACUACUUGACGGUGAAGGACAAUCAGGUUGUCCAGCUUCAUCCGUCGACCUGCCUCGACCACAAGCCCGACUGGGUCAUCUACAACGAGUUUGUACUCACCACCAAGAACUAUAUACGUACAGUGACCGACAUCAAACCGGAAUGGCUAUUGAAAAUAGCGCCGCAGUACUACGAGUUAAACAACUUCCCGCAGUGCGAGGCUCGUCGACAGCUCGAGCUGCUGCAAGCUCGGCUCGAGUCCAAGGCGUACCAGGAGGGCUUCUAAGUGCAAAGUGACAAAGACUAAGUGAUCUUAGUGAAGUGCUAAAUAAAUAUGUGUAAGGUUA